GGGGGCGGAGGGAGUCAGGGCGGCCGUGCGAGCCGGAGCCGAGCAGCGGGCCGCGGCCACGGCGCCCCGGCCAUCGCUUUGAUCCGCGGCAGGCGCCCCAGGCCGACCCCCUCCCCUCCCCCUCAGCCGCGAGCGGCGGCGGCGGCAGCGGCAGCGGCCGGAGGGAGUUGGCGGCGGCAGCGGCGGCGGCGGCCGGGCGGAGGGGGCUGAGCGGGGAGGGAGGGAGGGCUGAGGUGUCCCCCCUGCCGGGUGGAAUCGGCGCUGGCGGCGGCCGUGGUAGCGGAGGCGGCGGCGGCGGCGGCGACGGGGGAGACGGCUGCCCAAGUGGGAGAGGCGGCGGCGGCGGACGAGGAGGAGGGGGAAGCCGCGGCGGCGGCGAAGGGCUCCAGACCCAGUUCCUGGACCUGCCCUGGAAAAGAAGUAUCCAGUAGAGAUGAGCUCACUGCAGUUACUUAAUUAAACAUUUGUAAGCUGCAAAUGAGCCAACCAAGGACAGCUACAGUUUGAAUUUUUCUAUUUCCAGAAAAUGCUUGGCCAGAAGAGAUGAGUACUAAUUCCACUCAGGCCUAGAAUUGCCUAUUAAGACAGGUCCUGAGCAGGUGACACACGAAUGGCCCAAGGAAGCCACCAAAUUGAUUUUCAGGUUUUACAUGACCUGCGACAAAAAUUCCCUGAAGUGCCUGAAGUUGUUGUAUCCAGGUGCAUGUUACAGAAUAAUAACAACCUGGAUGCCUGCUGUGCUGUUCUCUCCCAGGAGAGUACAAGGUAUCUUUAUGGUGAAGGAGACCUGAAUUUUUCAGAUGAGUCUGGAAUUUCUGGUCUGCGCAAUCACAUGACUUCUCUCAACUUGGACUUGCAGUCACAGAAUGUUUACCACCAUGGAAGAGAAGGAAGUCGAGUGAAUGGAAGCAGGACUUUAACACACAGUGUUAGUGAUGGACAGCUUCAAGGUGGGCAGUCCAAUAGCGAACUGUUUCAGCAAGAGCCACAGACAGCACCAGCUCAAGUGCCUCAAGGCUUUAAUGUUUUUGGAAUGCCCAGUACAUCUGGUGCUUCAAAUUCAACACCACAUCUUGGAUUUCACCUAGGCAGCAAAGGGACAUCAAACCUCUCUCAACAAACUCCCAGGUUUAAUCCUAUUAUGGUAACUUUAGCCCCAAACAUACAGACUGGUCGUAGUACUCCUACGUCUUUGCACAUACAUGGUGUACCUCCGCCUGUACUUAACAGUCCACAGGGAAAUUCUAUCUAUAUUAGGCCUUAUAUUACAACUCCUAGUGGUACAGCUCGGCAGACACAACAGCAUUCUGGCUGGGUAUCUCAGUUUAAUCCCAUAAACCCUCAGCAAGCCUAUCAACCUUCGCAGCCUGGUCCUUGGACUACUUAUCCUACGUCCAAUCCUUUGCCACAUACCUCAACCCAACAGCCAAAUCAGCAGGGCCAUCAGACUUCUCAUGUCUACAUGCCUAUCAGUUCGCCAACUACUCCACAACCGCCAACAAUUCAUUCGUCUGGUAGCUCACAGUCUUCUGCCCAUAGCCAAUAUAACAUUCAGAAUAUCUCAACAGGACCUCGAAAAAACCAGAUCGAAAUCAAACUUGAGCCCCCACAAAGAAACAGUUCUUCAAAAUUACGUUCUUCUGGACCUCGAACUGCCAGCACUUCCUCAUUGGUCAACAGCCAGACCUUAAAUAGAAAUCAACCCACUGUUUACAUAGCUGCCAGUCCUCCAAGUACUGAUGAGAUGAUCUCCCGUAGUCAACCUAAGGUCUAUAUUUCAGCCAAUGCCACCACAGGAGAUGAGCAGGGCAUGCGGAAUCAACCUACACUCUUCAUAUCCACAAACCCUGGGGCAUCUGCAACCUCCAGGAGUAUGGCUGGGCAAGUGAGCAUGGGUCCUGCCUUCAUCCAUCACCACCCUCCCAAAAGCCGAGUAAUAGGCAGUAACUCUGCAACAUCUCCUCGAGUGGUGGUCACUCAACCCAACACAAAAUAUACUUUCAAAAUUACCGUUUCUCCCAAUAAACCCCCUGCAGUUUCCCCAGGGGUGGUGUCCCCUACCUUUGAACUUACAAAUCUUCUAAAUCAUCCUGACCAUUAUGUAGAAACUGAGAAUAUUCAGCACCUCACGGACCCUAUAUUAGCACAUGUGGAUAGAAUAAGUGAAGCCCGGAAAUUGAGUAUGGGAUCUGAUGAUGCUGCCUACACGCAAGCUCUGCUGGUGCACCAGAAGGCCAGGAUGGAACGGCUUCAAAGAGAGCUCGAGAUGCAGAAGAAAAAGCUGGAUAAACUCAAAUCCGAGGUCAAUGAAAUGGAAAACAAUCUAACUCGAAGGCGCCUGAAGAGAUCAAAUUCCAUAUCCCAAAUACCUUCACUCGAAGAAAUGCAGCAGUUGAGAAGUUGUAAUAGACAACUCCAGAUUGACAUUGACUGCUUAACCAAAGAAAUUGAUCUUUUUCAAGCCCGAGGACCACAUUUUAACCCCAGCGCUAUUCAUAACUUUUAUGACAAUAUUGGAUUUGUAGGUCCUGUGCCACCAAAACCCAAAGAUCAAAGGCCCACCAUCAAAGCACCAAAGACUCAAGACACCGAGGAUGAGGAGGGGGCUCAGUGGAAUUGCACUGCCUGUACUUUUUUGAAUCACCCGGCCUUAAUCCGCUGUGAACAGUGCGAGAUGCCUCGGCAUUUCUGAGCCAAAGGUCCCGUGUCUCCUCUAAAACCACAUCUGAAAUUCAAGGAAGUCCUCUGUCAUCGGGAAAUGUUUCACUGCUACAUAGGAUUUAGUCCAGUGGAAGGUGUGUGUGACAGGACAGUGGCGUGCCGUGUUCAGUGUCAGUCCACAGAGCUAGUAAUACCUCAGUCUAAUGUUACGUGAACCAUGAUCUGAGAGACUGGGCUGCCUGCUGCCUGACCACGCACAGUGUCGCUGUCCCACCAUGGACCAUCCUCACCCUGUCAAUGCCUAGGCGUCCCCAGUACUUCCCCUUCAUGUCACUACUGAUUCUGACAGGAGGAAGGAAUAGGAUGAUAGCUUUUUUGUGUUUUUAAAGUUUUUGGUGAAACACUACAUACACGAAGAGAAGGAACAAGGUUUAACUAUUUAAAAGCUCUGCUGCCGCAUAGUGCCAGUGGAUGCGGGCAGACUUCACAAAUCUGUGGUACUCUUGGCCUUGUCUUUUGUCUUCCCUGAAGACGUCUCUGUGAAGCCAGCAUCUAGGGUCUAAUGAUGAGAAGGAAAGCAGUAUGCAUUGUCUGUACAAAUCCGCAGUGAGCUCCCCACAGCCUUCCCUACUGUACAGAUCUCUCACGUCUGCUUUAAGUGAUUUCUUCAUUAUUUUCUUAUAUUUCUAUAUGUAUAGUGUAAUAGACUUUUGUUAACUAAUGUUCUUUUCCCUUUUAGUAGGCACAAUCAUGUUCCUUUCUAAGCCGUACUGAGAAAAGCAAUGCCGUAAGAUAAAAAAGCAUUAAUGAAAUGAAAGUAUGCACAAAUAACUUCCCUCUCCUGCUCCUGUCCUUUGUCCCGUUGUGUGCCAAUGAUCUGAGAAGACAUGCAGGUGCUGCAUGUGAGUUGCAGGAACACUGCAGACAUGUCAGUAGGUCAUGCUGUACACUGACUUCAGCAGUGGGUGACCAACGUGUCGUUUUGUCUUCUACAGCAGCUUAAAGCAAAAAGUAUUUAAGCCCACUUACAUCUUGCCCCGUGUAUGGUGUCCCAGAGAACUUCAUGGAGGUUCUCACUGGGAACGUUCAGUUUCAGAAGCAGCCACAGCAGCAGUACCAACAGCCUUUUCUCUUGUUGCUGUACUGUUGGGACAGUCCAUUUCUAAACCUGACUUGGUGACAUUCAUGUGUAUUUAUAAAACAUAGUCAUCUUUAGGACAACUGAAGAAAAGCUGGAAAAAAGAAAGAAAACAAGCAGACUUGAACACUGAAACAACCUCAGACAUCUCUUUAUUUUGAUGAUAUAUUUUUGUAAGGAAAAUAAAUAUUCAUAUGAUCAGGAAUGUAUAUAACUAAAUGAAAUCAAGAAAAAGUAACAGUAUGCGUUUAAAAAGAAUUAUGAAAUUGUCUAUCAGUGCUUAGAGUGGGGCUAAGGGAAGUGCUGAAAUCUAGCAAAGACAGGAAAUACUGUGGGUUGCCCCACUGCAGAUGUUCACAAGUGGCUAUGUUUAAAUAAACAGGAUUAUUACAGGUGAGCCUUGUGAAGGCCAGAGCCUUGGCCUCCAGGCUUUGCAUCAUGAGUAUGGAAAGAAAUAUGGCAAUCAUCGGUCACUAGACAACAGACCCCAAACCUCGUAUGUUUGAUGCAUUUUGUUUUAAAAGUAGGCCUUGUUUUUCAGCUUCCUCUGCAGUUCUAUGUGAAGAUUGGUAAAUCAGUUUUUACUUGUUUUAUUAAUAAAAUGUAAUUUGGAUAUCUUGAGUUGAUGGUUUUGUGAUUUAGCUGGGUAAACUAUCUUUGUAACAGAUAAGUUAUUUAUAAAAAUUAAAAAACUUAU